CGAACUCACUUUGUCAACAGUUAGCCUAUUUAUAUUUAUAUUAUAGCUGCAUGUCACUGCAUUAUCACGUCCACUCCCGUUCCUCUGCACCUGGUUACGUCCCCGGAAGCAAUAUCCCUCAGUGCAAGCCCUUGAAAACAACAUAUCAAGUCAUCAUGAAGGCCGCUGCUCCAUUUUUGCUUAUGCGCAAAGCGGGCGAUUGACGUAUUCUGCUCAUGGCGGAAGUGCCACGAGCUAUUGAUACAGCGUUAUGGAUCUUGAAGCUCUUCUUGCGUGUCUAAGAUGCUUUGAGUCAUGUUUGCUCACAGGAGGAACUGCGGCCCGAACAAGGGCGCCACCGAACUACUAUCAUGGAGGGCUUCCUUUGACAGGGCUAAGCCCUAUACACACCUUACGGGUUCCAAUCUUCCGUUAAACGCAGGCCUUAGGUGCUCCGAGGAAAAAGCGACAUACCGAAGGUCAUCGUCAACCACCUACACAAUGACAAGGAUGCUGGCGCCCUCACCCUCGCUGUCACCAGCACCAGCACCGUCCUCGUCACCCAGCACUGCUGCGGCCGGCGGCGAGGCUGCCGACGAUGAGGCGGCCGACGGCAAAGCGGCCGACGGCGAGGCGGCCGACGGCGACGCGGCCGACCGCGAGGCGGCCGACGAUGAGGCGGCCGAGGGCGAGGCGGCUGACGGCGAGGCGGCUGACGAUGAGGCGGCCGACGAUGAGGCGGCCGACGGCAAAGCGGCCGACGGCGAGGCUGCCGACGGCGAGGCGGCCGACGGCAAAGCGGCCGACGGCGAGGCGGCCGACGGCGAGGCGGCCGGCGGCGAGGCGGCCGACGGCGAGGCUGCCGACGGCGAGGCGGCCGACGGCGAGGCUGCCGACGGCGAGAUGCUGACGGCGAGGCGGCCGGCGGCGAGGCUGCCGACGGCGAGAUGCCGACGGCGAGGCGGCGGACGGCGAGGCGGCCGACGGCGAGGCGGCCGACGGCGAGGCGGCCGACGGCGAGGCGGCCGACGGCGAGACGCUGACGUAAGUCCUCGCCCAGGCUCGCUCAGACCGGCGGGGGGAUCGGGCGGGAGCACAAUACACCACACCACGGCACACGUGCUGCUAAAAGCCGGUACGACAAACCGUGACGCGGAAACGCCGAAAGCUUACGGCAAAGCGACCGACGGCGAGGCGGCCGACGGCGAGGCGGCCGACGGCGAGAUGGCCGACGGCGAGGCGGCCGACGGCGAGGCGGCCGACGGCCAGGCGGCCGACGGCGAGGCGGCCGACGGCGAGGCGGCCGACGGCGAGGCGGCCGACGGCGAGGCGGCCGACGGCGAGGCGGCCGACGGCGAGGCGGCCGACGGCCAGGCGGCCGACGGCCAGGCGGCCGACGGCGAGGCGGCGGCCGACGGCAAAGCGGCCGACGGCGAGGCGGCCGACGGCGAGGCGGCCGACGGCGAGGCGGCCGAUGGCGAGGCGGCCGACGGCGAGAUGGACGACGGCGAGGCGGCCGACGGCGAGGCGGCCGACGGCGAGGCGGCCGACGGCAAAGCGGCCGACGGCGAGGCGGCCGACGGCGAGACGCUGACCACCUUUGCCAGCUUCCCGCCAUUCGCGAAGAUUCGUCAUCGUCCUCAGCUGUCGCUGCCGCGACCGACUCCCUUAGCCUUAGAGCUGCAACGGCAGGCCUUAGCGCAGCAGCAGCAGCAGCAGCAGCAGCAGCAGCAGCAGCAGGAGCUAUUAGUCGUAGUACGAAAGGUCGGUCGCAGGAGGACGAGCAACAAGAGCAGGAGCAGGCCCCAGUUCAAGCAUUCCAACGCGAAGCCGUCGAGCAGAGGCAAGUACGGCCAAGGGACCUGCCGCUGGUCGUCAGAUUACGGGCUACAGUCGCAGCAGCAGCCGCCGCCGCCGCCGCCGCCGCCGCCGUCGCGGGCCAGCCUGGCGGCGGCGCUGGCGCACACAGGCGACGGCUCGCUCAGCUCGCAUCCUGGCUACAGCCACCACCGCCGCGUCCCGCAGCAGCAGCGGCCGGAGCAGCAGCAGCAGCAGCAGAUGUUGACUCAACAGCUAUCCGAGUCGUACGGAUCUGAAUCUGCCGUAUCCACGUUGCAAAACAUGUACGGCGGAUCUACAGGGCUGAGGCCGCAGCUGCAAGCCGGGACGUGGGACGUCGCCAAGUCGCCGAAAAGGCUCACAGCUGGCGGCGACGGCACGUCCUCACUGUACGGCGGCACCCGUGUAGCCACGGCGGCGGCGCCUUCCGCCGCUGAUCGCGCUACUGGGCCGCUACAGGGUGGUGGCGGCAGCCGUCUCAAUGGCUGCGUGAUGGAAAGGAUGGUAUCGGAGCGGGAUGCCGUGAUGUCCGGGAAGCCGAGCCAGAGAGGGUGUCUCUGUCUCCUGGGCUUCGACUCCGCCUCCGCCAGGAUCUGGGCACGGAGGCCGCAGCGGCAGCGGAGGCGCGAGGCGGCGGAGGCGAAGGCUCGGAGAAGGGCAUUACCCUUGGCGGCGGCGACGGAGGCGACGGAGAUGAUGAAGGCGACUGAGGCAGUGGCGGCGCCGAAGAGGAAUUUUAUAGUUGUUCAGGUGCAACACCCCGCAAUCUUCCUUGGUCAGCAGGGCUACCGAAGUCUGUUGGCAAGUUUCCGUGCCGCAUUUGUCUUGAACAUAAAUCCGGGUCGGUACUCUGAAGUAACGGGAGCAGCAGCAGCGGCGGCGGCGGCGGAGAUCUUGAAAGGGGGUCAUGGCUUCGCCAUCGAUGCCGCCGUACGAUUGGAUGAGAGAUUCUGCACGCUGAAAGAAGCCAAGGCGUACGCAUGCAGCGAGGAGGGCACGGGAAGGUGUGUAUUGUACCCCUUUCCUUCAAUGGCUUUCUGUCUAGGCGAGACGAAGACGUGGUGGGUUUGCUGGGUUGCGUGGGAUGCCGCGGGCAACGAAAUCGGCUGCGGAGGAUACGGCUUUGCACAAGCCACUGCGCGCCGCAAUGGCAUUCGUUGGCUAGCCGGAAACGGCUUGGUUUGA